AACACUUACACAAGUUGUUCUUCUUAAUAGAGAAAAAUUAUGAGAGCACAAACAGUGACAUUUCCGUUGACAUUGAAUUGAUCAACGUGCAUGAUGCAUUUUACGACUCCAUUAAAAUUGCAGAAAUGUUAGGGCUAAAUUAAGGAACUACGAAUUCUGAGAAAGCAGCAUACAAAGAUGGGGAGCUCAAAAUCAAGCACCUCAAACCCAAGCUCUGCUUUUUCCUCUAGAAUUUCCCACCACGGCUCAUCUUCCAAUGCUUCUUUGGGAAGGCCAAGCAGUGACGCUUCCAUUCCAAAUCCCACACGUCAAUCAAAGUUUUCUCUUUCUCCAAACUCCAACAACGUCUCUGCUCAACAACAAAUGUCAACACCGCCAAAUUUUCACUCCAACAACGUCUUUGUUAAUAAACCACAAAGACCACCAAUACGGUUCCCUUUGCCUUCCGGAAACGUCUUUGCACAAAAAUCAACCACAGUGCCAAGUUCUUACCCUAUCAUCUCUACUGGACAUCAAAGAUCGGGUUUCUUUCCAUCAAAUCCUUCUGUUUCACAAAACUUCAACCUCUUUGCACAACAACUCAUGACAGCGUUAGCGUUAGGUUUUGAUUUCAUCAUCCUCAAUGGACAAAAAUUAAGUGCAAGAUGGUUGCUCUUCCAUGUCUAUGCACAACAACCCACACCAACCUUAGGUUCUUACCCUAUCAUCUCUACUGGACAACAAUUAAGUGAACCGCAACGGACUCUUCAUGUUGACGAGGAGCAAAUUCAUCUACAUAAUAAAAUUAGUCCGUUUGUUCCUGAGAGGUCGUGGAGACAUAGACAAUUUUCCAGUAGACUCUCAGAGGUAAAACCCGAGAAAGGAUCAUGGCCUUCUAAUGAUGCAUUCCAAACAAAUAUGGAUGAUAAAGAUAUCAAUAUUGUACAACAUUGGGUGGAUCGCAUGGGUGAAAAAAACAAAGGACGAUUAUGUGAGAUAGGACAACUUGAUGCCCAAUACACUGCUGAAGGUUCAUUGAAGCAUCAACCAUUUACAUCCAACAGUGCUUACCAGAGUUAUGAUGAAUUGAGACAGCAAUUGCAUGCUCGUGAACAAGAUUAUGAUGAUCUCAAACAACAAUUUGAGAAUCUCGAAAAUUUCGUCAAGAGGUUCUUACCUCCAGACGCACAACCCAUGGUCCAUCAACUUCAGUCCACCCCACCAGCAUCCCAGCCACCUCCCCAACAGUAGCACAAUCAAGAUGAAGAAGCCAACAACUCUAAUGAUGAUUACAUCUAUUAUUAGAUAGUUAUUUUUAUGUAUAAGACUCUAUUAUUGACUUUAUAUUAUCGUUUCUAUAAUUUACAUUAUUUUAUGUUUUUAAUGAUAUAGACUACGUUU